AUUCAACAAAUACAAAAGAUGUGCUCCGUAAGAAAACACAUCAGUUUAACAACAAAUACGCCUGAUGUCUCUGUGUGUAGGUUGUUGAUGACUUAUUCUACAGUGGAUGUUCCUCUACAUGCAUGGCUAUUGAGAGAGGCAAAGAAAUGGAUUUCCAGAUGGUUACCCACACAACAAAUGAACAUGUUCAUACCAAAAGUCACCAGUGGAGACAAAAGCAUCUUCCUAAUUUCCAAGGAGAAUGUGAGGAGAAAGAGAAAGAUUCUACCAUUGAGAGCUUUGUGACAAAUUUUUCAAAUAUCUAUGCGUCAGAUCUUCUGCCUUCACGGAAUGGAGAGGAAUUUACUGGACAUUUCCUUCAUGAAAUGGUGGAUAUUCUCUUGAGUUACAUCAAGAAGACCUAUGACAGAAAAAGUAAAGUGUUGGAUUUCCAUCACCCACAUCAACUUCUGGAAGGGCUAGAAGGCUUCAGUGUGGAACUUUCUGAUCAACCGCAACCUUUGGAACAAAUACUUGUUGACUGCAGGGAUACCUUGAAAUAUGGAGUCAAAACAGGACAUCCACGUUAUUUCAAUCAGCUUUCGAGUGGCCUUGAUAUUAUAGGACUGGCUGGAGAAUGGCUGACAGCUACAGCAAAUACAAACAUGUUUACAUAUGAAAUAGCUCCAGUGUUCAUUGUAAUGGAGGAGAUCCUUCUGAAGAAAAUGCAUGAAAUUAUUGGAUGGGAUGAAAGUGAAGCAGAUGGCAUAUUUUCCCCUGGAGGGAGCAUAUCAAACCUCUACAGUGUUUUAGUUGCCCGCUAUAAACGUUACCCUGAGAUUAAAACCAAAGGCAUGGCAGCCCUUCCAGACAUUGUACUAUUUGUUUCUGAACAUAGUCAUUAUUCUGUAAAGAAAGCUGCUGCUGUUCUUGGUAUCGGAAUGGAUAAUGUGAUUGCCAUCAAGUGUGAUGAAAGAGGAAAAAUGAUUCCAUCUGAACUGGAGGGAAACAUUCUCAAAGUCAAAAGACAGGGCAAGGUUCCCCUGUACGUUAGUGCCACAGCUGGGACAACAGUAUAUGGAGCCUUUGAUCCUCUUACCAACAUUGCUGACAUUUGUCAAAAGUACAACCUCUGGAUGCAUGUGGAUGCCGCAUGGGGAGGAGGUUUGCUACUGUCAAGAAGGCAUGCCCAUAAACUAAAUGGUAUUGAAAGGGCCAAUUCUGUCACUUGGAAUCCGCACAAAUUGAUGGGUGUUCCACUGCAGUGCUCAGCUUUCUUAGUCCAUGAGAAGGGUCUUCUUCAAGCCUGUAACCAGCUUUGUGCUGGUUAUCUCUUCCAACCAGACAAACAAUAUGACACAGCUUAUGACACCGGGGACAAAACUAUCCAGUGUGGCCGGCAUGUCGAUAUCUUCAAAUUAUGGCUAAUGUGGAGAGCCAAGGGCACACAAGGAUUUGAAAUUCUUAUCAACAGACUUUUAGAACACACAGAAUACCUUUAUAAACAACUGAAGAAAAGAAAACACUAUGAACUUGUUUUCAAUGCUGAGCCUGAACUCACCAAUGUGUGUUUUUGGUACAUCCCACCAAGUCUUCAGAAGAUCCCGAGGGGACCAGAAAGAGAAAGAAGGCUUCAUCAGAUUGCACCAAAAAUAAAAGCAAGGAUGAUGGAAGAAGGCACAACAAUGGUUAGCUAUCAGCCUCAUGGGGACAAUGUGAAUUUUUUCAGAAUGGUCUUCUCGAAUUCUGCAACUAAGAAAUCUGACAUCGAUUUCCUCUUGGAAGAAAUUGAAAGACUUGGGAAGGAUUUGUGAUACCUGGUGCUACUAUAAAAAUGCCAGUAGGCGAUGUCUCUAUAUUGUCAUAAUGGGUUUGAUGUAAAAAAUUUAAAGUGUUUUUCCUGUAAUUCUUUUUGUUUUUUAAAAUCCUCUUCCUUUUUCUCCCAGCAUUUCAGUGGGAAAUUGACAGAGAGAUGAAAGAGACUAAUGAAAAGGGGAACUUUGAUGAAAUUUUGUGUAACAGAGGGGCACUUUAAUGAGUGUUAAAAGAUGUUUGAAGAUUGUUUCGCCAUUUUCAUAUUCAUAGUAUUGCAGGGUUCUUCCUAUGCAUUCUGGCAUCACUAAAGAUUCAACUCCUUAUUAUGUUUGUUCCUAAACUUAUCAACAAGUAAAUUCACCAUUUUCUUCCAGCUGUGAGAAAGUCUUCAAAAAUUAGUUUUCAAAAUUUAUUUGUAAUUCAGGAUUUGUUCUAUGCAAAAUUUGUAUGUGUCUGUUUUCUGCAUAAAACUUCAUUUUAUGUGCAGGAAGCAGCAUUUCCUGCAUGAAAAAUAUUAAUUUUCUCUGCAGAAAAUGAUGUUUUCUCUGUAAAUGAAAUGUGUGCAGAAUUGAUUCCA